UGUGUUGGGGAAUCCAUAUAGAGCUUAAGAUAUAAAAAAGCUGGCCUUCUUUGGUGCUUAAUGUAUUAAUAGAGUUAUUUUAGAAGAAAGGGAAAAUUAAAAAAAAAAAUCUUUUGCUCCAUUUUAACUUGUAGCUUUUCUUCUGUUUACCAUAUGUGUCAAAGGCCACCUCUGGAAAGUUGCAAAGCAAACACACUUGGUUGGUGAUUAACUUUGGUUUGCAGUGGUUGUUACUGGGAAGAAUAGGCCAAACGACUGCCAGCAGAAAUGAAGGGAAUACACUUUCUUUUCAUGAUUUCUUCACCUUUGUGGAUAGCCGGUGAAGCAUGGUGUUCAGUGUUUAAAACCCAAGAGGAAGCCCACCAACUUUUGAAGAUCAGGAAGCGCGCUAAUUCACUUUUCGAGGAACUGAAAGCUCCCUCUCUGGAACGAGAGUGUAUGGAAGAGCUUUGCGACUUUGAAGAAGCUAGAGAAAUCUUUCGUACCACACCGGCAACAUUACAUUUCUGGACUAAAUAUUUUGAUGGUGACCAGUGUGACCCACAUCCCUGCUUCAAUGGUUCCUGUAUUGACCAAAUUGGACGAUAUGACUGUGUGUGCCAUGAAAACUAUGAAGGAAAACACUGUGACUAUGAGGUGUUUUCCAAAAACUGCUCAUACUACAAUGGUGGAUGCCAGCAGCUUUGUGAGAAAACUGAAAAGGAAAAGCGUAUCUGCAAAUGUUUGCCAGGUUAUAAACUACAGGAAGAUUACCGCACUUGCAAACCACAGAAUAAGUACCCCUGUGGGAAGCUCCAGAAUGAAGGAGAGGUCAUUCGAGUAGUUGGAGGAGAGAUGAGGAAAAAAGGCGACAGUCCUUGGCAGGUUAUGCUUUAUGAUGAUAAACGGUUUAUCUGUGGUGCAGUUCUUAUUCACCACAACUGGGUCCUCACAGCUGCUCACUGCUUGAAAGAACUUGGAAGUUUUCGAGUAAAACUGGGUAAAUAUCAGCGCAAAAUUACAGAGAAAAGUGAACUAAUUAUUCCUGUUACUAGACAAAUAAUUCACCCCAACUACACUCAAGUCAACAAUGAUAAUGAUAUUGCACUCUUACAUCUAGAAAAGUCGUCCAAUUUUUCUACAUUCAUUAUUCCUGUUUGCCUACCUAAUAAGGGACUUUCUGAAAGGGAACUGAUGAAUCCUGGAAAAAUCAUGACUGUUUCCGGCUGGGGCUAUUUAUCAGAGGACUCCAAAUCUCGUUCAGAUAUUCUGAUGUAUAUUGAUAUUCCUCUGGCAAACCAUACACUGUGCUCUGAGGUCAUGUCCAAUACUGUUACGGAAAACAUGAUCUGUGCUGGAGAACCUGGGGUCAUCAAAGAUGCCUGCAAAGGUGACAGCGGUGGACCCAUGGUCACAAAGUAUAAAAAUACCACAUUUUUGGUGGGGCUAGUCAGCUGGGGAGAAGGUUGUGGACAGGUGGACAGAUAUGGAGUGUACACAAGAGUCAGCAAUUAUCUGCAUUGGAUUCGCCAAGUCAUCUUGCCUGACAAGGUUUGAUAAGCCAUUCACAUAAAGUUAGGUCCUGAGCAGAUGUACAAUUUUAUUCAUGACUGCAAGAUAGCUAAUGUUUUCAUUUAAAUAAAAUAUAAUGUUGUUGCAUAAAGUUAUUAUAUUCUAAAUUCUGUAUAAUAUUCACAUUACCCUAUAUGCAUUCAUAAUCAUUAAAUCUGUUAACAGAUAAGUUUAAUCUGGCUCACCAUAAAUGACUACUUUCCUAAUAACACUUGCUGCAGACUGAACCUGCUCAAAAGCUCCCUUUUCCAAUUUUUUUCUUUGCCAUUAAAAAUCCAGGGUACCUGUA